UGGUGAAUGGUGAAGAAGAUUAGAUAUCCUUCCUUCCCAACCUUAUCCUUUAACACUACACCUCUGUUUCUCUCUCUCUCUCUCUUCUAUAAUAAUCAAAACACCGCUCUCUUCAAACCCAUGUAUAUAUAAUGGCUUCAUCUUCAACUCCCACCACCUUUUCCACUCCUCAAUUUCUUCAUCAGCAAGUUAGGAGUAACAAGUUAUGGACACUCUCCAAAGUCAAUAAUUUCAAUGGAAACAUGAAGCCUCAUGAUUGCUAUAUUUAUAAAUCGAGAUUUCAACACCUUUCACCUGUAAAUGCAACCUUGAAGGGCCCCAAGGGGUUCGGAGCCUCUUCAAACAAGAAGAAGAAAAAGACCAAAAACCCAAGAAAGGAGGAGUAUGGUGAUGAUGAAGAGGAAGAAGAAUACCAAGAAGAAGAGGAGAGAGAGGAAGGUGUGAUUCCUGAAGUGGUAACCAAUAGAAUGAUAUCAAGAAUGGGCUUCUCAGUGGGUAUCCCACUUGGAAUUGGGCUUUUGUUCUUCCCAUUCUUUUACUAUCUCAAAGUUGGGCUCAAGAUUGAUGUGCCCACUUGGGUCCCUUUCAUUGUCUCAUUCUUUUUCUUUGGGUCUGCAUUGUUGGGGGUUAGUUAUGGGAUUGUGUCCUCAAGUUGGGAUCCAUUGAGGGAAGGCUCUCUUUUGGGCUGGAAUGAGGCCCAAAAGAAUUGGCCUGUCUUUUGGCAAUCACUUAGAGGAGGAGGAGGCUCUAGGAAGAAUUAACUAGGCCCAUAUUAGGCCCAUUCUUCUUUUUUUUUUUUUAUGUUUUACUUUUCCUAUAGUUCACUAUAUUAGUUAAUCAAUUUUGGACCAUG